ACGCGCGGCCACGCCCACGCCGACAGCCACGCGGACCCGCCCGGCGCGCAGUGUCCCGGCGGCGCCCCCCCGCUGCGCGUCGCACCCCCCGAGCGCGUGGUGGCCGUCGUGGGCGCCUCGGCCAGCUCCGUGUCCAUCAUGGUGGCCAACGUGCUGCGCCUGUUUGCGAUCCCCCAGAUCAGCUACGCCUCCACCGCCCCCGAGCUCAGCGACUCCACCCGCUACGACUUCUUCUCGCGCGUGGUGCCGCCCGACUCCUACCAGGCCCAGGCCAUGGUGGACAUCGUGCGCGCUCUAGGCUGGAACUACGUGUCCACGCUGGCCUCGGAGGGCAACUACGGCGAGAGCGGGGUGGAGGCCUUCGUACAGAUCUCGCGAGAGGCGGGGGGCGUGUGCAUUGCCCAGUCCAUCAAGAUCCCCAGGGAGCCCAAGCCCGGGGAGUUCAACAAGGUCAUCAAGAGACUCAUGGAGACGCCCAACGCCAGGGGCAUCAUCAUCUUUGCCAACGAGGAUGACAUCCGGAGGGUCCUGGAGGCUGCGCGCCAGGUCAACCUGACCGGGCACUUCCUGUGGGUUGGCUCAGACAGCUGGGGAUCUAAGACGGCCCCUAUCCUGAACCUGGAGGACGUGGCCGUGGGCGCCAUCACCAUCCUGCCCAAGCGGGCGUCCAUUGAUGGGUUCGACCAGUACUUCAUGACUCGCUCGCUGGAGAACAACCGGAGGAACAUCUGGUUCGCGGAAUUCUGGGAAGAGAACUUCAACUGCAAGCUGACCAGCUCUGGGGGCAUGGCGGACGGGGCCACCCGCAAGUGCACAGGCGAGGAACGUAUUGGCCGCGACUCGGCCUACGAGCAAGAGGGGAAGGUGCAGUUCGUCAUCGACGCCGUGUACGCCAUCGCCCACGCGCUGCACAGCAUGCACCAGGCGCUGUGCCCCGGUCACACCGGCCUCUGCCCAGCCAUGGAGCCCACAGACGGCCGCACGCUGCUGCAGUACAUCCGCGCAGUGCGCUUCAACGGCAGCGCAGGGACCCCAGUGAUGUUUAACGAGAACGGGGAUGCCCCAGGUCGCUAUGACAUCUUCCAGUACCAGGCGGCCAAUGGCAGCGCAGGCAGCGGCGGGUACCAGGCGGUGGGCCAGUGGGCAGAGACCCUGCGGCUGGACGUGGAAGCCUUGCAGUGGUCGGGGGACCCCCAGGAGGUGCCUUCGAGUCUGUGCAGCCUCCCCUGCCGGCCGGGUGAGCGGAAGAAGAUGGUGAAGGGGGUGCCCUGUUGCUGGCACUGUGAGGCCUGCGAUGGCUACCGCUUCCAGAUGGACGAGUUCACCUGCGAGGCCUGCCCUGGCCACCUGCGGCCCACGCGGAACCACACGGGCUGCCGGCCCACGCCCGUGGUGCGCCUGUCCUGGGCCUCGCCCUGGGCUGCGCCACCCUUGCUGCUGGCUGUGUUGGGCAUCCUGGCCACCACCACCGUGGUGGCCACCUUCGUGAGGCACAACGACACACCCAUCGUGCGCGCCUCGGGACGCGAACUCAGCUACGUGCUGCUCACCGGCAUCUUCCUCAUCUACGCAGUCACCUUCCUCAUGGUGGCUGAGCCCGACGCUGCUGUGUGUGCUGCCCGCAGGCUCUGCCUGGGUCUGGGCACCACGCUCAGCUACUCGGCGCUGCUCACCAAGACCAACCGCAUCUACCGCAUCUUCGAACAGGGCAAGCGCUCAGUCACGCCCCCACCCUUCAUCAGCCCCACCUCGCAGCUUGUCAUCACCUUCAGCCUCACCUCAGUGCAGGUGGGACCUGGAUCCCGGGGGCAGGGGGCAGGAGUGAACUCUGGAGUGGUGGGAGGGUGGUUGCCCACUCAUGAAAGAAAAAAAAAGUUUCUUGGGGGCCGGGUGGUGGAGCACCAGGUUGAGCACACAUAUUACAAUGUGCAAGGACCUGGGUCCGAGCCCCUGCUCCCCACCUGCAGGGUGGAAGCUUCAUGAGCAGUGAAGCAGGUCUGCUGGUGUGUGCCUCUCUCUUUCUUGGGGCGGCAUAGAUAGCAUAACAGUUAUGCAAAGAAACUUUCAUGCCUGAGGAUUCAAAGUCCCAGGUUCACUCCUCUGCACCAUAAGCCAGAGCUGAGCAGUGCUCUGGUUAAAAAGAAAAAAAAAAAAAGAAAGAAAAAAAUGCGGGGCUGAGUGGUGGCACACCUGAUUGAGCACACAUGUCCCUCUCUCCCCCUCUCAAUUUCUGUCCUAUGAAAAGAAGAAAAAAUGCAAAAAUGGCCGCUGGAAGUGGGGAAUUCUUAGCAUUGUCACUAAGUCCCUGAGAUAAUCCUGGCAGGAACUAAAAAAUAAAUAACAGGUUCCCGUGUGUGUGUGUGUGUGUGUGUGUGUGUGUGUGUGGAGAGAGUGAGAGAGAGAGAGAGAGUAAACUGAACUGUUGUUUCUUAUGUUUAGAUGUUCUAUUUUCCCUCCUUUUAAACUGACUUAACAGCUUGCCUGGGGGAAUAUAUCAUAGUGCUUCUGCAGAAGACUUUUAUCAUGCCAGAGGCUCUGAGGUCCUAGGCUAGAGCCUCAGCACCAGCUUAACCCAGAGCUCAGCAGUGUUCUGGUAAACUAUGACUUAACAUUAGCUUCUAUCAGUAGUAUUACAAGAUUUCAGGAGUACAGUUGUCAAAUGGAGCCCAGGGUCCUAUUUUUAUUAGGGUUCAUGGUUGGGGUUUGGGGUCCUAAGACCAGAUGUGCUGUUUACCUCCAGGUAACUACGUUGGGUUACCUUUUUCUUUUUUUAAAACUUAAAAAAAAAUUUAUUACCUUUUUUAUUGGAUAGAGACAGCCAGAAACCGAGAGGGAAGGGGUGAUAGAGGAGAGAGAAAUAGAGACACUUGUAGCCCUGCUUUACCACUUGUGAAGUUUUCCCCCUGCAGGUGGGGACCAGGGAUUCAAACCUGGAUCCUUGCAUACUGUAACAUGUGCGAUCAACCAGAUGUG